AUCUCUCCUCCUCGUCAGUCCCCAACGAAGACGAACAGGAAAAAAGUAAGAUCUCAGUUUCUCUGCUUAAAUUUUACCAGUAAAAUAAUCAAAAUCUCUUUCUCAGAACUAUUUAGGGUUCAUAAUCAAUUCAUUGUGAUUUCUUAGAGAUUCUGAUGUGGUUGUCGUAGGACAACAAGAAGUUACAGACAUUGCUUUGUGAUAUACUUGGACCAUUGCUGAAAUACAGAGAUAAACCAAUCUGGUAUCAAGAAUGAUAGAUAUGGGGGCAUUCUCAGAUGAGGAUAAAUUCGACGCAAAGAAAUGGAUCAACACAGUCACGAGUCAGUAUUCUCGAAGUCAUGAAGAAAAUAAAGAAGAUAAUAAAGAGAGCUCUAUGGUAUUGCUGGAGAAACACUUGGCAGAUCUGGAGAUGAAACUUCAAAUGAUGUCUGAAGAGAUAUCUGCUUCUCUCGAGGAACAGAGUGGUGCUGCUCUUCUCCGUGUUCCCCGUGCUAGCCGGGAUGUUAUUCGACUUCGUGAUGAUUCUGUUUCUCUUCGUACAUCUGUUUCUGGGAUCAUCCAAAAGCUCAAAAAGGCAGAAGGUUCCUCGGCUGAGUCUAUUACAGCCCUGGCUAAAGUUGACACAGUCAAGCAACGGAUGGAGGCAGCAUAUGAGACAUUGCAGGAUGCUGCCGGGUUGACUCAGUUAAGUGCUAGUGUGGAAGAUGUUUUUGCCAGUGGAGAUCUUCCACGUGCUGCAGAUACCUUAGCGAACAUGAGGCACUGCUUGUCUGCUGUUGGUGAGGUUGCAGAGUUUGCUAAUGUUAGAAAGCAGCUAGAAGUCUUGGAGGAUAGACUAGAUGAAAUGGUUCAGCCUCGUCUAUCAGAUGCUAUAGCUAACCGGAAGGUUGCCGCUGUUCAAGAUUUGAGGCAAAUUCUCAUACGAAUUGGGAGGUUCAAGUCAUUAGAAAUGAACUACACAAAGAUUCACCUAAAACCUAUAAAGAAGCUUUGGGAAGACUUUGAGUCCAGGCAACGAGUUAACAAGCAUGAAGGCGAAAGACUAGCAAGCAUUUCAGAGUCUUCGUCUGUUUCGUUCUCCAGUUGGCUGCCAAGUUUCUAUGAUGAAAAACUACUCUAUCUUGAACAAGAGUGGAAAUGGUGUACGGUUGCUUUUCCUGAAGAUUAUAAGAACCUUGUUCCAAAGCUAUUGAUUGAGGUUAUGACAGUUUUGGGUGGCAAAUUUGUUUCUCGAAUCAACCUUGCUACCGGAGAAGUUGUUGCUGAAACAAGAGCACUGGCCAAAGGUGUCCUUGAUAUCUUAUCUGGGGAUAUGCCUAAAGGUAGUAAGAUUCAGACCAAGCAUCUCGAGGCAUUGAUUGAGUUGCACAACAUGACAAGUGCGUUUGCAAGGAAUAUUCAACACUUGUUUUCGGAUUCUGCUCUUCAGGUUUUAUUGGACACAUUGAAGGCAAUAUAUUCCCCUUAUGAAUCCUUUAAACAGAGAUAUGGGCAGAUAGAACGUGCCAUCCUAUCUUCUGAGAUUGCUGGACUGGAUCUUAGGGGAGCCGUUGCUCGUGGUGUCGGGGGUCAGGGCAUUGAACUAAGUGAAACAGUUCGAAGAAUGGAAGAAUCUAUUCCACAAGUUAUUGUUCUUCUUGAAGCAGCUGUGGAGAGAUGCAUCAAUUUUACUGGAGGUUCCGAGGCAGGGGAACUUAUUUUGGCAAUUGACGAUAUAAUGCUGCAGUUUAUUUCUAUUCUUCAAGAAACCUUGAAAUCAUUAAGAACUGUAUGUGGAGUGGACUUCACUGCUGAUGCCACUGGUUCAAAGAAAGAAAUGGGUUCAGACAGAAGGGAUGGAGCACAUAAUGCGCGCAGAUCAGAGUCUAGCUCAGAAGAAGAAGAGUGGUCUAUUGUCCAGGGAGCAUUGCAGAUUCUUACAGUUGCGGAUUGUCUAACAAGCAGGUCUUCAGUGUUUGAAGCUUCCUUGAGAUCUACUCUUGCCCGUCUGAGCACUAGUUUGUCUCUUUCAGUGUUCGGUUCUAGUUUGGAUUUGAACCAAUCACAUGUGGGCACUGAUGAUGGAAACGGGGAGUCGUCUUUGGCAGGAAGGGCAUCCUUGGAUGUUGCAGCCCUCCGUCUGAUUGACGAUCCUGAGAAAGCUAGGAGACUUUUUGGCCUCUUAGAUCAGUCGAAAGAUCCUCGGUUUCAUGCGCUUCCACUUGCGUCUCAAAGGGUAACAGCAUUUGCAGACACAGUAAACGAACUUGUCUACGAUGUUCUCAUCUCUAAAGUACGGCAAAGACUUAGCGACGUGGCUCGUUUGCCUAUCUGGUCUGCAGUUGAGGAGCAGAGUGCUUUUAAUCUUCCAAGUUUCAGUGCCUAUCCCCAAUCAUACGUGACCAGAGUUGGGGAAUAUCUGCUUACUUUGCCUCAACAGUUGGAGCCACUUGCUGAGGGCAUUUCUAGCGAUGGAAACACGGACGAAGCCCAGUUCUUUGCUACAGAAUGGAUGUUCAAGGUUGCAGAGGGAGCCACAGCACUUUACAUGGAGCAAUUACGCGGAAUUCAAUUUAUAACUGACCGGGGUGCCCAACAACUCUCAGUCGAUAUAGAGUACUUGAGUAAUGUGUUAGCAGCUCUAUCCAUGCCAAUUCCUCCGCUCCUUGCUACAUUCCACACCUGUCUUUCAACUCCAAGAGAUGAGUUGCGUGAUCUCGUUAAAUCAAUAGACUCGGAAUCCCAUCUGGAUCCUCCUACUGCACAUCUUGUUUGCAAGAUACGGCGCCUGAAUCUUGAUCAGUAACUUUUGGUUGUCUCUGUAUGAUUUAAAUUUAGAAAAUGAGGGUAUAGUAAUAGUCUUUUCAUGAGUAUUAUCUUUCAUUGAUUUUGACAUCUCAAAAGAGACUGAUAAUGUGAGAAUUUGUAUCUGCUUUACUGGGUCAAUACAAUUAAGUCAAUGGGCUUUUUACCCUUUUUCUAAA